CAAAGGGUGCUUAGUCGCUAUUGAUUUUGUAUUUGAAUCAAACCUAGGUUAAAUGGUACAAGGAGUGCUCUAAUCCGACCAGACGGAGCAAUUCUAAACCAACCUACCUUUUGUUUCGCUUUAAGUUUUUACUUACCUAUUCUGCGGAAUUUCUUUAAUUUCUUGCAUUUCAUAACUCGCGUUUACUUUAAACUGUUAGGUUUGUAAGUUUAUAUUUCGUGACUUGUUCCAUUGUUGUUGUUCGUUAAAUAACAUUAGUUGUUUAGCUCAACAAUUAAAUAACAUUUUACUACUUCUUCCCACGUUACCAACCUAUCAGGUAUUGACGUCACACAUAAUAUAAAAAUGAUAAUUUAUAAAAGAGUUUAAGCAAUUUACAAUUACUUGUCACAUCCAUGAAUUCAUCCGCAAUAAAAGUAGGAGAAGAGCGAAACAGCAAUCAAACGUAUUCUCUUUCGGUUGUUGGUAACUUAUAUUAUGGAAUCAGAGGGGUUGAAGUUGAUAUUUUUGGUUGAAUUCGAUACGCUGGCGUUUGUGAGCGAUCGGUAUGCUAAUUUCGGCUAGAAUCGAUAGUGUGAUUCUGGAUCGUGGCCCAGUGGACUGUCUGGCGCCAGAGCAUCAGUCUGUGACAAGAAAAAACCCUAUGUUAUAUAGUAUCCGCGGCCGCUCGCAACUUCCUACUUACUUGAGUUUGCCAACUGAUUAUCGCAUUCAAUAAAAAGCGAACUAAGUAGUGCGGUUGAUAAUAAUUUUCAUGCCAUCUUCGUUGAUUCGGAUAGCUAUUUGUUGCAGACAAAGCAGUAGCUUUUACACUUCUAUCAUUAAAGUUUUUACAAUUCAAUUACCUAGUGAACUGGAUAUUUUAGUGAUAUACGGGUAAAUACUUAUUUAAAAUAUUUAAACGAUAAAAUACUGAAGAUUAAAAGUAAAAUUGUUUUUGUGCUAAAAAUACACACUGAAAAUAUUUCAUAAAAAAUUCCUUUACACAAAAUCAUUUUUAUGAAACCGACACUAGCAAGUCAAAUAAAUGACUCGAAUUAAAAUAUACCAAUACAGACUAAAAAAAGAGUUCAAUUUUCCGGUAUGCGGCAAUUUACGUAAUCAAACCGCAGCUGAAAAUAAAUUUUGACAUUGUGAAAUUAAUUUGUACAGGCCGCAACAAUAGUUUACUUCGAACAAAAACGGUAAUUGAUAAUUUGUAGUGUAAAUAUUUUUCAUUGUAUUUUAUAUUAAUAACGUGAAAAGCUAUUUAUAAGUACAAUACAAAAUCUUCAUUGGUUUCGGCAGAUUUACAAGCUUAUUGGAGUAACUUUUCAUUGCAUUCGUAAGAGGCAUAUACGUAUACUGUUUAAAAAUAUAGCGGGCAGCGCCAGUUUGAUCCCCGAUGCCGGAUUUGCUGAAUGCGAGAGAGGUCUGUUUUGAGAACGCGUGAUUCGUGAUCAUCGUAGUGUCGCGGGUUCCAAUCCCGGCUCGUGCUCUAAACCACUGAAAUCGACUUCACGAAUUUCAAUUCAUAUUUGGAUCAAAGUCUUCUUCUUCUAUCGUGUGGGUUGCGAGGAGGAAUACCAACCUCAUCAACCCAUACUGCCAACAUAAUAAUACGAAAAUAAUGACGUCAUGCCAUGCUAGAGUAUACUCGAGUUAAGGUUAAAGCGCCAUCUUCUUCCAUCGUGUGGGUUGUGAGGUGGAGCACCAACCUCAUCAACCCUGGUGUCAGGGUUAUAAUUGAGCCGCCAAAGGCCCCUGAUAUGGCUCAUGUAACGAUUACUCACUUACAUCAGUAAAUAGUAACCGGGACCAACGGCUAACGUGCCUUCCGAAGCACGUAUCGUCUUACUUUCGGACAAUCAGGUGAUCAGCCUGCAAUGUCCUAACCAAACUAGGGAUCACAAAGUGAUUUUUAUGAUAUAUCCUCACCGGGAUUCGAACCCCGGGGAUCCGGAUCGUGAGUCCGACGCUCAACCACUGGACCACAGAAGCCGUUAUCAAAGUUAAUUGAUAUCACGUGUUUUCCAGGAUUUAUGCCCGAUUAAUGGCAAUCGGCUUGCCCCAUAUUACAUGGGACUUACAUACAAAGCUGGUGAGGAAUUGGUGUAUACUUUUACUAUACUCUUCCGCCUACCCCUUAGGAGAUACGGGAGUGAUGCUAUGUUAUGUUAAGUACCGCACUUGCACCAACGAAUUAUCAAUUUAUUUUAUGACCAAUUAUCACUAUACUAUACGGUCCACCACGUACACGUUGGUCUGUACUACGAUAUAAUAUAUGUACCUCUGACUAGACUAAAUUGUGAAUUAAUUUAUGUCCGUCACUUCCGUAUAAACACAGAAACUUAUAAUAUCCAAUAUACCGUGUUUCACAUUUACUUAUUUUAUUUACGUUUCAGUGAAAAGCAGUUCACGAAGCCCUUUAACUGAUUUACAUGAGUUUAUUUUCCAUGCUUAUGUAAAGCCCCAAGCUAUACUGCAUACCUAAUCGUGUUAAGAACACUGAAAUUACUCUUAUACAAUUAGCAGUACAGCAAUAUGUAAGUACCAAAUAAUAAUAAGCAAGUAUCAAUUCAUACUAAAACCUCGCUCAUAUUUAUGAAGACUAGGAUGAAAAUUAAAUGAAAUGACGCAGCCCAGCUGAAACAAGCGCUAUGGUCGCUACUAGCGUCUCCACGCCAACAUGGCCGAAGAAGAGAAACUGCCGAUACCCCCAACAUUUCUCGAGAAGCUAUUGUUCUACACCACAGCAACCUUCGUUCUCCUGGCCACAUUCAGUCUAUUUGCCUUUCUUUUCCUAGUACCUUUUGUCAUUGAGCCAGCCUUCACAACCAUAUUCAUGCAAUUCGAUCCUGUAGGGGCAUUAUGCGUUACGGCUCAGGUGACACAUCUGGUGGGAGUGAGCAAUUGUUCGUGGGCAUCAUGCAGAGAAGGUUGUACAAAAGACCUUUAUGAAUGCACACAAAUCAGAGUAAACUACAAACUUGGGAAUGCUACAAACGUGACUUCACCAGAUUAUGACAACUUGAUCAGAGCCGAACGGUCACUGAGAAAGGAUUACGACUACGAAAAUUACGAAGCAUCGGUAGACAAAGCUUAUCCAGAUAUGGAAGAGUUGCCAGACGUGUUGCCCACUGGGUUGCAAGGUAACGACUCAGAAUGGUACUUUACCGGAGCUCGCCUGUUUCCAAACGUGAAAGGUUGCGGCUAUCCGCCUAUAUUGAACUGCACCAUAUUUCAUGGCAAAUAUAGAGCUCUGGGUACCAAUUACACAUGCUACUACAGCCGUGUCGAUCCCGGGCUGGUGAUAACAGAUCUGGACAUGUGGCAGAACACUUUGAAUUUGGUGUAUGCGAUGGCGAUCCCUAUACCAUCGUUCAUCAUUUCAGUGAUUUACUUGACAUUUGCUUAUUUUAAAAUCUACAAUACGGAAGAGGAGUCAGAGCAAGCCCCGUUACAGAGUGACGUCGAAGGCAUGGCUACAGGAGACGAUGAGAAACCAACAACACCUGGAUCAGACACUUUCAGAGAAGACUUGGCUUGCUUCGGACACCAGCUGAAGAUGCAACUGGCGAACGAUAAACCAAAGGAGGGAUUCGAGUCGAAUAGUCCACCCAUUUCCAAUUCUGCUUCAUUAUCUGGGACCAAGUCAUCCUUCGUGAACGCCUAAUGUGAAAUAUACCAACCAAACAUACAGAGAUGACAGGAAUCCUGAAGAGGCGGGAUCGGUUACAAAGUGUACCACGAGUUAACGUGAAGAAAACUUUACAAGGAAAGUGCUCGAUAUGUGAUUUUGUAAUAACACAGUUGUUUUCUCUCCUCUCCUUAUAAGGGAAGAGUAGCUUAACCAAUGGGAAGCUUAAAAGACGAUCCGUAAUAGGAAGGGCGGAAAUGGGCGAAAGAGAUUUUUAUAACGCGUUGUGAAAUAAAAAGAUAUUGCAAACUUUUCGUGACAAUAAUUUUUAUUUCAGAUUCUAUUUAUAUUGAAGUUUCUUAGAAAACAGCUUGUCGAUGCCGAUGAUGAGGAAGGAAGUAGAGCGUUGCUAUCUCAUCGGCAAUGUCACAUUCUGAAUACGAGGCCGGUCUGAUAGAGUUGCUCAAAUCAUAGACAUCAGUUGUCUGUAAUGAAAAUUCUUGUCACGAAAAUCAAAUUAUAUUAGACUUAUGAAAGAUUUUAUCUCCUAAAGUAAUUAUAUAUUAUAUGUAUACAUUAUAUAUAAGAUUUUAAUAUGCUCGUAUGCUAAUGGUGUCAAAUUGCACGCGUGCUGAUAUAAAUUAUAUGAAAUUAAGGCAACGUGUAAAAUUGUCGUCUUUACAUAGGAUUCACAAAAAGUACUAUUACAUAAUACGUAAGUAUAAAUAUAUUCAGAUCGAAAAUAAUAAUGUAUAUUAUGGCAUAACGGUGCGGUGUCCGACAUUAUUAUUGUGACAGUGCAGUGUUACAGCUCAAUGUUAUUCGGUCCUAUAAACCAUCUGGGGUACGAUAGUGCCCCGCCAAGCUGAUAAAAUAUUUAUGAACAAACGACAGAAAUAUCAACUGAUUUAUCACAAGACAAAAUUUCAUUUAAUAGAAAUUCUUUCAUAAGCAUAACUAUUAUGGCUGUAAAGUAAUUUGCUAUUACUUUUGUUUUAAUUUUCGAUCGUGUUUUUAAUCCACUCGACUGAUAAAUAAGUACGAAACUAGAUGAUGUUUUACACGUUGCUAAUCAUUAUAUAAUGAGAAACGAUAUAUAAAUUUAAUGAAGCUGUAUACAUAAAUAUAUAAAGUAUAAAGCGUUAUUUCUAAAUGAAAAGCAAUAGUUAACAGUUGUUCAAACUUAGUCAGAUACUUAUUUAUAGUAAAUUAUAUUGUCGACGGAUACAAAUAAUAUUUAAUACAUCGAGAUAUAUAAUAAUAAUAACAUUAUUAUGUAAUACAAAUAUUCAUACGCAGUACAACUCUCUAUAUCAACUUAGUUGAUAAGAAUAAUUUACUUUAUUUAUAUAGAUUUUUGUUUUUAUUCGAAAUUACUAGUAAUAUGUCAUAGUUUCAGUAAAUGCUUUCAAUUCACGUUUACUUUUAGAAUCAAUUGAUUGUUUAAAAUAAUAUUAUGCAAGGAAUGUUAUUUAGUGAUAUUUCAUAGUGUGAUAAUGAUCACCAAUGUUAUUGUAUAAGUAAUAGUAACUACCCGAGCCUUAAGUUACGCUUACUAACUUAACAAGCCAGAGAUAUUAAUCAAGGUGAAUUAGUUGUAUUCGAUUCACAUGAAAAUAGUCCUUGCCUCACAAAUAAGUAGACAGUAUCGAUUCUUCCGUCCCGUGCCUCAACAUUUUAAAAAUUCAUCGAUACUCUAUAUCCAGGCCUAACCAAACGUCACUUCACUAAUAACCAAAAUAGUACUAGUCAAUAUCACGAAAACAGUCGCUUAGAAUACUUUAAUAUAAUUUGUUACGGAAGAACUUUUGUGUGAAACGUCUUAGGUGGUCGCUGAAUCGCGUUUUAAUUCGUGUUCUAGUGUGCUAAAUGAUUGCAUAUUUUUUAAUAGAUGGUUAUUAUUAAAAGGCUUGUGAAUAUUGCAUUAAUGAUAGAAUAAUGCCGAGUCGUAAACUAUAUUCGUGAUUUAAUCAGCGAGCCUCAACAACUUUAUUGGGUUAUUUAUUUGUAUUUUGGGACCAUAAAGACGGUUCCGAUACUUGUACAUAAUAACUAUUGACGUGAAUAUUGAGAUCUGUAUUACGAAAAUUUCUCAGAUUUUUUAGUGUUCUACAUCAUUAGUUAAAAUUUAUUACUGUUGACGUAUUAAAAUGUAUCUAAUUACAUUACUAUGUGAGAAUAAAAAAAAACACGUAGACUGGAAGAAAAUUUUAAGGGAUAGUUAUCGCUAAAACUUUACGCACAUAAAUUAGAUAUAAUAUUUGAAAUAUUGUCAAUAAGAUGAAUGAGUAAUUCAGAAAUAAUAAGAUGAUUUGUUAAAAUAUACGUUCAAACUAAUGCAUUAAGGUUAAAAUUUGGCGUUGUUUUAAAACUUAUAAAAUUGAUUGUUGAAAAACAUAGCUGGGACCGACGACAAGCAAGUGAAUCGGUAAAUAUUAAACCAACGUCAAAGUUGACCUGGCUGACUUUAUGGAAGUUUUGCUUAGUCGGACGUGAAGAGAAAAGUGCUGGUUGAAAAUAAGUAGGAGUCAUUAUUUUUCUUCAAUAUAGUAAAAUGCCUGCUACAGACUUUGUUAAUAAUUAAUCAGACUGCCGAGAAGCUAUUUUUUAACUUAGUUUGAUAUCCAUUCGACUGGAGCACAUUAUUUAUACACGCUUAUAAUUCGAGUCAUGUGCUUUUCAUGAAUUUAAUUGCCUGGAAAGUUUUCCAGGAAUUUUGAUUUUCUAGAUAUUGAUGCUUUUUCUGAAUUUUUAACUUUGCCACCUCGUAUCUAAAAAUCCUCAUAUCGAAAAAAAUGCGCCUUAAAAUUGACUAGGCACCUAUUAUGUUUCUUUUUUUUAAUAAAUGACAUUGAAGCGAAUACAUAAGCUGUAGAAGACUAAAUUUUAUACAAAUGUUGUCCUGGGCUAUACUUAAUAUAGUUAACCUAUGUAGAGAUAGGUAUAGCGCGUCGAGUAGUGCCGUUGGUAUGACAAAUUAUUGACCCGUAAUAGGUGUCCAGGUGUAAUUUGUACACAACAAUUUGUAAUUGUAGCUGAUAUACUAAAAAAUAAUUUAAAGUUUAGUAAAUAAUAAGUUAAGGGGUCCCCAUGCUCGUUUUCAAAGUUUCGGUGUUUGUUGUUACUUGUUAAGAAACAAGUAAUUCUACUACAUGUAAAGUGGUAUUUUUGUUGAAUUAAAUUGAAAUUUUAAUUAUCACAUAUUCUGAGAAAAUUACUAUGAAACACCUGUUAGGGGUCAAAAAUUAGCUCGGCUUCACUUUGUCAUACAAAUGGUUUUACACACAGCCCUCUGCACAUUAUCUUCAGAACGGUUAACAAUAUUAAAUAUUGUUCAAGACUGAAUUUGUGGAAAAUGUUGGCCUCUGCAACUUUGCUACUUAUUUAUUCCACAAUUAGUUAUACUAAAAUAAAAUAAAUAUUGUAAAAAACAAUUUUUGUGUGUCAUUUUUUCAAUAUGAAAAAUGCAAAGAUACAAGGUUGCAAAGUUGAUCAUCUGAAACAGCAUGUUAACAUCUACAAAAUCACUUUCAAACUCCCGAACUACUUUUAAGGUAAAACUAUCAAAUGAUCGGACUCAUAUAUAUGUAGGUAAAGUUGAUCAUAUUUUAUUACUUUCAAAGUCUGUGCUAGGCUUUAUUAUAGAAUAUUAUUUACGUUACUUAGAUAAUAAGUUAUUUUGACGAAACUUUAACAUGUUUCUAUUGUGUAACACACCCCUUAAAAUAUUUGUCUAAUUGUACCUAUAAUAUAGCUUUAUAAAAGUGAGAAGCAAUCAGUCAAUAUCAUGUCGUAAUUCAAUGUCAAAUUAUUAUUUAGAUAUUUUUGUGUUCCCCUGUAACGUCUGAAUUUCGGUUGUGUAGUAGAAUUUUAGUGUUAUUAGUGUAAUUUUGUAAUUGCCGUAAAUGUACCUUGCUUUGCCUUUUAUAUUGGUUGAAAUUAUAUUAUAUGUACCAUUUUGUAUAUAUAUCAUGCCGAAGCGAACGAUUUUAUAGAUACGGGUCUGUAUUAAUAGAUCGAAAGCUGUGUUAACUAUCAGCAUUAAUUGAUCUUACCUUAUAAUGUGUUGGACCUGAAUUAUACGGAACGUCGGAUGUAUUGAAAUUGAAUUAAUAAAUGGGCCGGUUAAACGCUGGGCUUGACACUGGAGCUAUAAAUAAAAUAUUCAUCGAUUUUCAUCGGAGAGUAUUAUAGCAGGUAUACAGUUGAUACUUACGUCACAUACCUCCUCCUCCCCUAGGCAAUGGGGUAUCAUGAAAGACAGAGGGAAUACUGAUGAAAUUUGAAAGCAGUUUGUACCUAGUUUCAUUCAGUAGGUACGCUACGUAGUAAAUUAAUUUGAAACUAAAGUUCAAGUUUCGUUAGCAGAAUUUCGUGUUGUUCAUGGAUUCAGUUUGAACCUACACUGGAAUUUUGAAUUAUUAUACGUAUAUUAAUUAUGUUAAGUUACAUAAAGUACUACAUUUAUUUCAGCCUACUAUAGCAACAUCGUUAUUAUCAUUGUGUAUAAAAUUGUAUGGAUUUACAAGGCAGUUUUGCUUGAUUAUAGAAAUGUCAUAUAAUUCAGGUCCUCUUCAUUUUGUUUAACAAAUUGAUACACAUCGGAAUGGCCACGUUUUGGUAGAAACGGCCUUAAUAGAGUUUUAUUUCCUGCUUCCUAGUCCUGAAUUUUUUUAAUUCCGGAUAGUUACAGUAAAAUAUUAUUUAAAAUUUUGACGUAAUGACUAAAAAAAUUACAAGUACACAGCGAUCAGUUGCUGAAUUAAACAAAAGUCUGAGUGAUUCAUCGUCUGGCAGUUUUGUGUUUUUUCCGUCUUACGGCUUUUCGACGGACUUUACAAAUUAUGUUAUAAAAUAUAUUUGUACUUAAUCAUUAAUACCUUUAUAAAAAAAGUGUAAGCAGCCUGGAUUUCACUUUCUUUCAUGCUAGGUUGACAAUACGCAAUUCUUAGCUAUGUUAUUACGAAUUAGCGUAACAAAGCAAUGGACAACAGCUGAGAGCCAUUCACUACGCAUCCUAUUAAACGGGCUCAUAAAUUGUUCCAACACCGGUCAUAAUUACCAAUCGAUGGCUGACUGAUCACGUCUACGUAAUGUGAAUUGAUUCGAAUGUCAAAGAACAAGUUAGUAAUUUGUGUUUAGUUCAAAAGCUUAAUAACACUCACCAAAUAACAAUAUACAGAUAAUCGAUAGAGCAUAAAUAUUUUACUGUAACUAAUGCAUGUGUUAUUGCGAAGCGAUAUUUCUUCAAAGGGUUCAUAUUCACUUCUAUAAUAAAUGAAGUAAUCACGGACAGAAGGAAAACUACAAAAAAAUGCGUUUUAUAUAAACUGUACCUAUCUAAAUUGUGCGUAAGUCCAACACAACGUGUUGGGCUAUGAUUGUGCAAUUUGGUAGCAAGAAUAAUAAAUUAAAAAAAAUAUAGGGAUUCAUAGAGAAAACGCUGAACGAUAAUACUGUGUGAUUGCACGGUGUCAUUUCGAAAGACCGCUAAGUGAGAAUGAACCCUUUAGAUAAAAAUCUCAAUGUAUUUUGUCUCAAUUUUUUAUUAUGUAAAAUGAAAAUAUUUAAAUACCUAUUUUUUGGUACAAAAUAUUGAGAUCUUUUCAAUGUAUUAUAAUAUUAAACUAGCGAUCGAAGUUAUACAUUGCAGAAAUAUUAGUAAUUAUGUUUUUGGAAAAAUUUAAGCUAAUAUUGCUGAGCUUUAUGAUAAGACAAGCCAUUUUUAAAUAGCGAAAAAUGGAAAUAUUUAUUCUCAAUGUCGAUAAAGCUUAAAAUAUUACUGCAUUGUAUAAUAUCGAAUAUAAAAAUCACCGUCCACGCAGUUUCAAAAGAAAUUUAAAAGAUAUAAGAUUUUGCUUGCGAAUUUAAUUCUCUAAACCUUCUUACGCAUCUGUAUGGGAUUUGACUCAAAGUUAAGAUGAAAAGAAAAAUACAGAUUGUUACAAAGCAUUAGAAUCGUCUGAUUCUUUUGAAUUUCUAUUGAAAACUGGACCUAUACACAUUCAUAAAAAUAUAUAUAAAAAGGAAAAAAAUAUUGAUAAAAAUACAAGUCAUCCUCAUAAUUAUUACUAAAAGAGAACAACUACUCUUUAUCCCGAGUAAAAGUGAUAAUGUUUCCAUUAAGGUAUAGAAAAUAGACGUUAUAAAUCCGAAAGUCGACAGAGUAGUCUCCAGUUAGUAACAUUGUUUUUAAGACAUGAGGGAUCGUUUGAACAAUUAGAUAAUUGUAAAACAUUUAGCGUAAGGGCAAACCUAUUUGUAGUAGCUUGCGUUUGUGCCUGAUACACACGUGCUUUUAAUAUAUUACAGAGCCUGCAUCGCGUACAAAUUAUAAGUUAGGUAUACGUAUAUUACCUAUGUUCGAUAGAUAGUAACGUACAAGGUACAUGCUUCAAGUACCUGUAUGAAAGUUGACGUGCUGACGAUUGAGCCCCAAACAUAAGAAUCUACAACGUCGCCUCGACGGUGGAAGCCUUAAUCCUAUGGUACUUUUAAAUAGAACAAUGAAUAGCAAUAAUGUUAUUAGCUUGUAGCACGUGUGCAACAGGCUUUACAUUUUAAAGUGUGGCGCAAUAAUAUCUCUUGCUAUAAAAAGCGAAAUGUUUGAAUUAAUAUUAAUAUUCAUCGUAAAUGCGUUUUCAUUCAUUUGGAACUGUUGCCUUAUGACCGUUUUGUACAUAAACAAAUAAAUAAAAAGUUAGUAGGAAAUAAAAUACACUUAUUGGCUUC